AUGCAAUCAUUUCAAAACUCGAUUUACAAGAGUCGUUUCACACAAACUGUUCUUCAAGAGGAUUUCCUACUCAAUGAAUGUUUCAACAGUCUGCUGUUGACUUCAACAGAAGAUCAUUCGCACUCUUCCUUCCUUGCAGCUCCGAAGAUUUCUUUAAGCCCUUCAAAUGAAGCAAAGUCUCAUUUCAUUGACGCCCACAGAGUUGAUGUAAGUGACAGCUGUCACAAGGAGGUCAAUUGUAUCCAUGGCGUUCAUGUCAAAGAGUUAUACGCUUGCAUUGAUGUUGCUUUGGCAGAUGUGAAAUCAGACUUGGGGCUAACUUGGAGUAUUUUCAGUUCUUCACCACAAUGCGUGCACUCUGACUCAAUCUUGACUGAGCCAUUCGUACCAAGUGUCAACAAUUCGACUUCCUCUGAGAACGACUCUUUGCCAUGCCUGUCUUCACACUCUUCACCUCAAUCACAGACCCAACCUGCUACAGAGAAUAAGCACCAACCAAGCUGCAAUAACGUUGAUUCACCAACGCAGUCCAUGAAAUUCGUGUAUUAUUUCAACAAGUCUCAACACUUCAUUCAGCCCUCUGCCUAUGAAAGAGAAUCUCCAAAUUCGAAACUCUUUUUUGCAAACCUCUCAGUUCUAACUCCCACUCAGCAACAAGUGUUAAUGCAACUUGCUGAACGCAGAAAGUCAGGUCGAAAGAAAAAAAGCACUUUGAACCAAAACCACACCAUUGUGAAGAGAAGAAGAAUGAAGAAGUUGAAUUCGAAUAAGCAAGAUACAUGUCAAGCACGUUCAUCUCGUCUUUGUAAAUAA